AUGGCAGCGGAAACUAAUAUCGGUAACAUGUCAAAAAAUUUCUGGUCAAACGAAUGGCUUAAAGCACAAACAAAGCUUGGCGAAAUACGCCAGUCUUUGGCGACUUUCCCGUCACCACCUCUGCGUAUUAUGCGUGUGAGCCAACUUGACGCCGAUUCAUUAGAUAAUGAGUUGUUUGGGCUGUUAAAAGAACAAUUAUUGACUGCUUUCGGUCUGUUCUCUGCAAAAACAUUUGAACCUGAAUUAUUAGCCUUGCUACAACUCGUGCUAUAUCGUUUUUCGAUAUAUGAAAGUGGUGCGACGUAUGGUGCACAAUUACAGAAUUUGAAAUAUCGUAAUGAGAAGCGGCAUGUGGUGCAAUCAACUUCUGCCGAUGACCCGUUAUCAAAAUUCCAAAGAAUUAGUUAUGGUGCUAUGACUAUCGGUGGUCAAUAUGUCUGGAUGCGUCUUAAUAGACUGAUGACAGCACAAGGAUGGGGUGAAUUUGCUGAGAACGAUAUUCGUAGGGUAUUUUGGAAAUUUAUGCAAAAAAUAGAAAAUAUUUAUCGAACACUUUCUUUGGCGAAUUUUUUAAUUUUCUUGUAUGAUGGCAAAUAUCGAUCAUUAAUUGAUCGUAUUUUAUUUAUGCGUCUUGUAUAUGCUCGUCGUACAACGAAUCGACAAGUCAGCUUCGAAUUUUUAAAUCGACAAUUGGUUUGGCAUGCAUUCACAGAAUUCCUAUUAUUCUUGAUGCCACUUAUAAAUCUUCGUAAACUGAAAAAUAUCAUGAAACGCAUGCUUUUACCGACCUCAUACACAAAAUCCAAUACGCUUAAUUUCCUCCCUGCACAAAUAUGCGCCAUUUGUUAUGAAAAUCAAACCUCAUCGUCAUCUUCAUCUUCUCAUUCGAGUGCAAAUGCCUCGAAAUUAAAUAAUCCAUACGAGACUAAUUGUGGACACAAGUAUUGUUAUUAUUGUAUAAAAAGUAAAUUGAUACUUGAAGAUGGGACGUGGCAGUGUUUGAGGUGCGGAGAGGAAGUAAAGAGUAUACAGCGAGCGAUUGAAAUUGGGAAUUAUGAUGACGGAUUUAAUGCGAAUCAUGUUGAUGAUAAUGCUGAAGGGUCAGAGAAUAAAUGA